AUGAAACACGAAAACAAAGUCAGAAAGCAUGAGAACUUAAAAAAGUCCGGACAAAAACUCCAAAAACAGCCAAAAUCAGUAUCUACACCGCCAAAUGUUGAACAUGUGAGAGAAAGUCAUUACUGGCCAACGACAGCGUGUCCCCAGGUUGAUGUAGCUCUCACGUUUGGGCUGGAUGUUGACAACAGCUGUCCCUCCAAGUUGCAGUCAGGUAUAGUUCAGAUAUUGAUAACAGCUGAAGGGCCAGGUGGAUGUCCAGCGGCAAGGGUGCUUCAGCCCACCUAUGCCUAUAUGUAG